UCAGUUGCUUUCGUGUUGCGAGAUAGGGCGUAUCUCCCGGGUUUCGGUGAACGGCGUCUCCGUCGUUCGUCAGUGCCAGCCAGAGCAUACACGGUCGCUUUGUCGUAGUCGAGUAGAGUCGAGGUCUGUGCGCCGUUCCUUCGUUCGUCCCUCCGUCCGUCCAAUCGAGAGACGUGUUGCGUCCAUCUAUCUAUCCGAUUGUCUGUGUUUUAGAUUGGCCUUUUUUUUGUAAAGCUAAAAGUGAUAUUCUGCUGGUGAGAUUCUGUGUGAUUUGGUUUGUUUGUUUCGUGGGAAUCCGUUUGUCGUUAAGCUAACGAGACAAACAGAACUGAUGAUGUGCCUCGGUGUGAGCUAAGUCGACAAACCCGUCUAGUGGGAUGGGUCCCCCUCACCAGAAAGUGUUUGGCUUCGUUUGAAAAAUUUUAGAGUCAAACAAGUGAAAUGAAGACGUGAAUCCGUAAUCAAAUGCAUUAUGACUGAAGAGAUCUGCUUCGAGUGAUCGGAACCGAACACACUUGAAUCUGAGUUGAUCGCCCGUUUUGGUUUUCAUUCGAAAUGCCACGGAGACAGCAUCCUACUUCCAAUGAGACCAAUUGAAAGAAUGAACGAUAGGACACAAGCAACGUAAAACAGUCAUCGACCAACUGCGCGCCGACGAAACUUGUGAAUGUUUACAAACAGGGUGUGCUGCCUUAUCAUCAAUUGGUAGUCGAUAGAGCCCACCAAACAAAGCCAACAGAAACAAGAACAGAAAUGCCAGUUUCGCUUCGAAUUUAAUUCACCAUUUAUUCGCGCAAGCCAGUUCAAGUGCGGCUUAGAAUGAAAAUAUUAUUACCGAGUGCAGAAGUUGCAGUUGUGUUACGUUUCUCGUGAAUGACGCCGCCAGAUGUGUGUGAGAAAAUAUCGGUCCUAUACAAGACGUGUCGCAAAUGCGACAGCCACAGCUCGACAAACAGAAGAGAUGAGAAAGCGUCGGAAAAAAAUCAUUGAAAAAAUGUGCGCCGGCUGCUUUUGAGGCAAAAGCAACUUGCAUUGCCAUUGCGGCUCAUUUUGAAAAAUAUUAUAACAUUUGCUGAAAUAAAAACACACGCCGACGAUCUGCACCCAGGGUGUGAACCGGAGGGAGGUCAAGUCAAAUUAGUUGGAUCAGUAUGUUCCGAGGAGAUUGAAUGGGUGUGAAAUGUGAAUGCACUCGAGGUGAAAAGAGCACAGUGCAGCAGAGGAUGAUACCGAGAGCAAGUUUUACAAAUUCGAUCAAAAGUGAUCUUGUGCGAGGGUUGAAGAAGAAAUGAAAUGCUCAAAUACAGCUAGCUAGUGGAAUAAUAGAGUUCAGUGAAAUAAUCACGAGUGAAUCACAAUGCAUCUGAACGGCAUGGCGUUGAUGAUGAUCUUCUCCACCAGGAGGGUUCAACUGUUCUUCGCCAUCAUUUUGGUGUACGAUAUAAGCAGUAUUGAAACCAGCCAAACCUUAGGCCAUAUUAUUGAUGGCCGCGUGCCAGUGGCGUCGGUCAACCGGAGGGCCGCAGCAUUUGACUACCACGCAGAAAACACCGGUGGUGAGUCAAAUGAGCGGCUACGAUCUAGGCGAUCGACAGCAACGAUCGUUAGCGCUAUUGGAGCUGCAAUUGCCGGACAAAUUGGAUCUCAGCAGAGUUUAUGCAACAAGGAAGGGUGCAGUUGCCUCGAUCAGCCAAUUCUCACGAUCAACUGUGAGGUGCAUGAUUCAGAGCUAACACUGUCAGGCCAGUACAACAUUCCUCGGGAGGCCAGAGGCCUCAACCUGAGGCUUGGGAAUCGGCGGGCCCGACUGAUCAUCGAUAGCAAACAGUUUGCCAACAGCUUGCUGAACCACGUGCUCGUUGAGGGUAACUACGCAACUGGCAACGGCCAGGAGCACGUGGAGUUCCUGAGUGAAGCGUUCUGCCUGAACAACGGAACCUUCCCGGAGCUGGAGGUGAAAAAUGUCCACACGGUCGUCUUUCGGAAGCGAACGUUUUGCCAGGAGUUCAAACUCAACGUGACGAGCGCCAGUGACGUGAUCAUCAUGCCAGAGGCCUUUUCCGUUCCGGAGAGUGAGAUUCUACUAAGUAGGAUUAGAGAUAUCCGGAUCGACGAGGACGCCUUCCGGGGUUCGAUUACAACGAGGCUCGAAAUCAUCAACAGUGGCAUCCGGGAGCUGGCAAAGCUGAGAGCUUCGUUUCGAGAGAUCAAGUUUAUUGGCAGCACCAUCAAGGAGGUUUCGAUGCAUGCCUUCGAUGUGAAUAAGAUCGAUUCAUUAAUAUUCGAAAACUGCGAGAUUGGCGUACUGAAGUCACAGGCAGUUACUGAGAAGCUUUUGUGCAAAUACUUCACCAUGACAGGCUGCAAGAUAGCCGCGAUCGAGAAGAACUUCAUCGCCGACAGCGGACUAACGCAUUUCAGGCUGGAAAGUAACGUAAUAAACGAAACGGCAGCGGACGCCAUAAAAUUCACCGGUAUCUCAUCGACGAUAAGUAACAAUAAAAUGAUCAAAACGGGCAAAAAUUGGUUCUAUCAAAACGCCGGCUGGACGAAUGUCGUCAUUGCGAAUAAUUCCUUCGGAGAGUUCAACUAUUUCACGCUGGAACCGACGGCGGGUGUGCCGGAAGUGUGCCGAUUUCACGGAAACUCAAUCACCCAGGCUCAAAUAAGGAGUUUCAGCUUCUUUCAGCACCAGGCCUGCAGUAUGACGGAAACCUCGUUCAACAAAUUGUGCAGCUGUGACGAGCGUUGGCUUAAGGAACUAUACUUUCAGGAUUACGACAAGCUACUGCGGGAAAGCUAUUGCCGGGUUGAGGAAACGCUGAGGCAUUGUUACAAUGCUAGUACUUUUAACGUUAGGGCUUUUAUGCAGCAGGUUUGCGAUGAAACGACUCGAACGAUCGACUGCUCCCGAGGACAGAAGGAGAAAAAAGUCGAGCCACAUUUCGUCAGUCCAACAGAAAUCGAGUCAAUGGACUACAACGACUAUUACCAGUACAUCGCGUUUGCAGUAGCAGUAAUUGUCCUACUUGUCAUACUAAUUUUAUGUAUUGUGUUCUGUAGAGCAUGUUGUAGAAAGAACUCAAACAGCUCAGCAGAUGUCGUAUCUAAUGCUUCCUUUACCAUGACUCACAAACCCUCGAAAGCAUUCACGAAGGACGACAAGGCAAUAAUCAAUCAAACUUUGGAAAAGAUAAAAGAAAAACAAUCACCUGAAAUGUUUGAGGAAAUCUUCGUUCACACGAAAAAACUUCUCGAUGGAAAUUCCACUGAAACGGAAAAGGUUCUCACAAUUGGUGAAAUCGUGAGAAAAUUGAAUGAGUGCGAGAAUAGUGGAGAUGACUUUGUAGCCUUCACCGAUAUCCUGUAUAGACAUUUGGCACCUAGUCCGAGCACCUCUCCUCAUGAAACGAUCUAUGCGGAACCAUCAGUUGCUGGACCAGGUACCACGGUGCUGCAAGCUACUGGAACUGGUCCGGAUCACAUCUAUGCAGAACUCACAAGUGCGGCACAACCUUUGCUGAUAAACGAAUAUGCCGCCCCCAUGGAUUUGAACGAUCCUCACUACUCAGAACCAGUUCAAAUAAUGAACAAAGAUAACACUCGUACGCUUAUCACACCAUACGCCAUAGGCAAUAACAUAGGAGCUACCGCGGCUUCUGUCCACUAUAGCCAAAAAGCACUUCCACAACCGCAACCCGGGCCAUCUCGAAAUCUUCCGGAUAUUCUAAGCACCAAUGGCGGCGGCAAUAGUGGUCCAGCCAUCGAUAGCCCAUCGUCAUCUGGGGUUCAGUCCGCAGUGCCCCAGCUGCGGUAUAUGGAUCGAUCUCCAACUAGCAGUAGGGAAAUACCGGAGUACACUCUGCCAGCCAAAAAAGUGCCACCACAGUCCAAACCCGUUCCGCUACCCCGGAUCGAACAUCAGGCGUCCUUCGAUUCCGACUCGAGCAGCUCGACUUCCAACUCGUCCUCUGGUCGCUCGGAUCACUCGGGCGGAAGUGAUGUUACUGUUAAAAUAGACGAUAUCGUUGAGUAUGCCGAUGCCUGACAGCCAAACCAAACAAUUCAGGUUAGCAGCAACGUUAUUAGUCCAUGCGAACAUGAUCGAGAGUGAGGUGAACUGUUUUUUUUUGCAAUAAGACGUCCAAAAAGAACUACGAACUUAUCUUUCACGAGAUAAACGGUUAGACAAAAGUGAUAUUAAUUUAGAUCAGAACAUGUUUUUACGUUUUUAACAGCUAUGUUAGAAUAUGUGCGAAUUAAUGUUAGGUAUUAGUAAAUUAUCGACUCUGUAGAACACGGUGUAAGUAUUAAAAUGUACUAUUAUUGAAAAUAUAAAAAAAGACUUCCAUGCUAA